UGACCGGCAGGUCUUGAAUCAGUGGAGGUAGUGUAACAGUGCUGUUUGUACGUCGAGAGUCUCCAUAGAUCCCGGGGUGAUGAAACCUCUCCAAGUCGGAUACUGGGCAAUGGCGACCUGACCACAGACUCCAAAUGGGCCGCACUCAGACUAAAAUAAACUCCUGACAAAUCAGACAGACAGCUGUAGGAUAAUGGCAUUCCAAUAUCCCACUGCAAGACGCGACGAGGAGAAGGUGGAUGACUAUCAUGGAGUCAAAAUCUCUGAUCCAUAUGCCUGGCUAGAGGACCCAGAUAGUGAAGAAACCAAGGCUUUUGUGGAGGCACAGAAUCAACUGACCAUGCCUUUCCUGGAGAAUUGUGACGUGCGAACGCAGUUCCACCAGCGUCUCACUGAACUUUACGACUACCCCAAAUACAGCUGCCCUUACAAGAGAGGGAACCGGUACUUCUACUUCCACAACCAGGGCCUGCAGAACCAGGAUGUGCUGUAUGUGCAGGACUCUCUGGACGGUACUGCCACAGUGUUCUUCGACCCAAACACCCUCUCUGAAGAUGGAACUGUGGCCCUAAAGAUGUGGAGCCUCUCUGAAGAGUGCGAGUACUUUGCGUACGGCCUGAGCACCAGCGGCUCCGACUGGGUGACGGUGCGCUUCAUCAAGGUGGACGACCGGAGCCCACUGCCCGACGUGCUGGAGAGGGUCAAGUUCAGCUGCCUGGCCUGGACUCAUGAUGCAAAGGGCGUCUUUUACAACUGCUACCCUCCUCAGGAUGGAAAGGCAGAUGGCACAGAGACAACAUCAAACCUCAACCAGAAGCUCUACUACCAUGUGAUAGGUUCCAGACAGUCUGAGGAUGUCCUGGUGGCAGAGUUUCCUAACAACCCAAAGUGGUGCAGUACAGUAGAGGUUUCUGAUGAUGGACGCUAUGCUCUUCUGUCCAUCACUGUGGGCUGUGAUCAAGUCAACCGGCUAUGGUACUGUGACCUGCAGCAAUUUCCCAAUGGAAUUACGGGGAUGCUGCCAUGGGUUAAGCUGGUGGAUAACUUUGAGGCGCAGUACUUGUACACCACCAACGAGGGCAGCGUCUUCACCUUCCGCACCAACCUGGAGGCGCCGCGCUACCGGCUCAUCAACAUCGACCUGCAGAAGCCAGACCCCACCCACUGGAGCACCCUCAUCCCUGAGCACCCCAAAGACGUCCUAGAUUUAUCGACCUGUGUAAACCAGCACCAUCUCCUGAUUAACUAUGUGCGUGAUGUAAAGGAUGUUCCACAGCUGAGAGAAUUGUCCUCAGGCAAGCUGAUCCGAGACCUGCCACUUGAUGUGGGCACAGUGGUGGGCAUCAGCUGUAAGAAGAAGCACUCCGACUUUUUCUAUAAGUUCACCUCCUUCACCACGCCAGGGAUAAUCUUCCACUGUGACCUGAGCCAGCCUUCUCUGGAGCCACAAGUCUUCAGACGGGUGGAGGUGAAGGGCAUCCAGCAGGAGGACUACCAGACUUCACAGGUGUUCUACCCUAGCAAAGAUGGAACAAAGAUCCCCAUGUUCCUUGUGCAUGCCCGUGGUAUCAAGAAGGAUGGACUAAACCCUGUCCUCCUCCAUGGUUACGGAGGCUUUAAUCACUCCAUUCAGCCAUAUUACAGUUCAUCAUACCUGUUGUUCAUCAGACACCUGGGUGGCAUUGUGGCUGUGGCCAACAUCCGUGGAGGGGGAGAGUAUGGCCAAACCUGGCACAAAGGUGGCACGCUUGGAAACAAGCAGAACUGCUUCGAUGACUUCCAGUGUGCUGCAGAGUAUCUGAUCCAGGAGGGAUACACCACAUCCAGCCGCAUAGCCAUCAAUGGAGCCUCCAACGGAGGACUGCUCGUGGCGGCAUGUGUGAACCAGCGUCCGGAGCUGUUUGGCUGUGCUGUCGCUAAAGUUGGGGUCAUGGACAUGCUCAAGUUCCACAAGUUCACCAUCGGCCACGCCUGGACCACUGACUACGGCUGUGCGGACAAGCCUGAGGAGUUCCAGUGGCUCAUCAAGUACUCCCCUCUGCACAACCUUCCUCCUGCUUCAUGCGACGGCCCUCCAUACCCAGCCAUGCUAUUGCUGACAGGGGAUCAUGAUGACCGCGUGGUGCCCUUACACACGCUCAAGUUUGUGGCGGCGCUGCAGCACGGCGUGGGCCACAACCCUGUUCAGCGGCAACCGCUAAUGGUGCGUGUGGACACCCGUAGCGGCCACGGCGAUGGCAAGCCCACCAAAAAGGCCAUCCAGGAAAAUGCUGACAUCUACGCCUUCAUCGCCCAGGUGCUGGGCCUCAGCUGGAGGGGCUGAGGGAGAAGGGGGAGGGGAACAAAAGCACAGAAAACAUACAAAGCUUAAUGGAACAGAACAUUCAUUUGCUCUCAAUAACUUUUACACACCUCUGAUUUAGAGAUCAUCAAAUACAACAUCAAAAUAAAAUACUUAUUCCAUCACUGCCAAUAAUAAAAAUAAUGAACAUA